AUGAAGCGCUUGGAACUGGAAAUGAAACGUCUCGAGAUGAAUCAGGCAGUGAGGGGCGUCUCGAACCCCGGCGAAGUGAAGGCUUUAAAAAUUAAAGACCUAAUGCAGCCCUUCAAGGUGGGUGAGGAUAUUGGUCUUUUUCUGGUAAAUUUUGAAAGGACGUGCAACAGAAUCGGGUGGUCACGUGAUACAUGGCCUCAGCUCUUGCUCACGUUGUUGCCUUGUGAAGCGGCACAGGUUGUCGCCAGACUUAGCCCGGAGGAGGCAGCAGACUAUGACGCGGUCAAGCUCGGCCUUCAGAAAAAGUAUCGCUUGUCGACGGAGGCUUUCCGGCAGCGUUUUCGGGGUGCCAGAAAAAAACCCGAAGAGUCAUACAUUGAGUUCGCUUACAAUCUUAGGUCGAACUUGGUGGAAUGGCUUAAAAGUGCGGAGGUCUACGGUAACCACGAUGGCAUUGUCGAGUGCUUCGGGCCCGAACAACUGUACAAGGGCAUGCCGGAGGUAAUGCGAUACUGGGUUCAGGAUAAAAAUCCUGACACAACUCAAAAGGCUGCCGAGCUGGCCGAAGAGUUUGUGGCACGCCGCAGUAGCCAGAAAGACGAUACCCCAGAACGUAAGUUUCCAGGAGCGCGCGGCGAUUACCGCGGAAAUUAUUACAAGCCACGCUCCGAGGAAGACAAGAGGGAGCCGAAGGACACCGUAAAGGGCGCUCAUCGGUCGAGGGCCGCGGGAGGCGGAGAGGCAGGAGAGGAGAACCAUCGCGCGGAGAAACAAGGUCGGGCAGACGAAACCACAAAAAAACAAUUUGAGGCGAGAAAGCCCAUGCGUUGUUUCCGCUGCAACGAGACGGGUCAUAUGGCGGCUGGUUGCCGAAAGCCUCGGGUGGUAUUUUCGUACCUUAGUAAAGAUGACGAGAACGACAGGCUGCUCGAGCCUUAUCUCCACGACCUCCUCGUGAACGGCGAGCCCUGCAAGGUGCUCAGGGACUGCGCCGCCACGUUGGACGUCGUGCACCCAUCGCUCGUGCAAGCGGACCACUACACUGGUGAGUGUGCGUGGAUACGGCAGGUCGUGGAACAGCAGAGCGUCUGUCUGCCGGUAGCCAGGGUGACGAUUCAAGGUCCUUUCGGCAAACUGGAGACGGAGGCUGCGGUUUCAGCUAACCUACCACCCCAGUAUCCGUACCUCUUUUCUAAUAAAUCGGACCAAAAACUGCGUAAAAUGGGAAAGCGUUUGUUGACGGGGUAG